UUCUCAGAAAGUCUGCUCAGUGUGUUGUAAGUGCAGUAAUUGCUCCACGUCGAAAGACAAAAUGAGGGAAAUUGUGCAUCUCCAAGCUGGACAGUGUGGAAACCAGAUCGGAGCAAAGUUCUGGGAGGUGAUCAGUGAUGAGCAUGGCAUUGACCCUACUGGCACCUACCAUGGAGAUAGUGACCUGCAGCUGGACAGGAUCAACGUGUACUAUAAUGAAGCCUCAGGUGGAAAAUACGUUCCCCGUGCUGUGCUUGUGGACUUAGAGCCAGGGACUAUGGACUCAGUGAGAUCUGGACCCUUCGGUCAGGUCUUCAGACCAGAUAACUUUGUCUUUGGUCAGAGCGGGGCGGGGAACAACUGGGCCAAGGGCCACUACACAGAGGGAGCAGAGCUGGUGGACUCGGUCCUGGACGUGGUGAGGAAAGAGGCCGAGAGCUGUGACUGUCUCCAGGGCUUCCAGCUGACCCACUCCCUGGGCGGGGGCACCGGCUCGGGCAUGGGCACCCUGCUCAUCAGCAAGAUCCGCGAAGAGUACCCCGACCGCAUCAUGAACACCUUCAGCGUGGUGCCCUCGCCAAAAGUAUCCGACACUGUUGUCGAGCCCUACAACGCCACCCUGUCAGUCCACCAGCUGGUAGAGAACACAGACGAGACCUACUGCAUCGACAACGAGGCCCUCUAUGACAUCUGCUUCCGCACCCUCAAACUCACGACACCCUCGUACGGUGACCUCAACCACCUGGUCUCGGCCACAAUGAGCGGGGUCACCACCUGCCUCAGGUUCCCAGGACAGCUUAACGCUGACCUCCGCAAGCUGGCCGUCAACAUGGUGCCAUUCCCCCGCCUGCACUUCUUCAUGCCGGGCUUCGCCCCGCUCACCAGCAGGGGGAGCCAGCAGUACCGCUCCCUCACCGUGCCCGAGCUCACCCAGCAGAUGUUCGACGCCAAGAACAUGAUGGCGGCCUGCGACCCCCGCCACGGGCGCUACCUCACCGUGGCGGCCAUCUUCCGCGGCCGCAUGUCCAUGAAGGAGGUGGACGAGCAGAUGCUGAACGUGCAGAACAAGAACAGCAGCUACUUCGUGGAGUGGAUCCCCAACAACGUCAAGACGGCCGUGUGCGACAUCCCGCCCCGCGGCCUCAAGAUGGCCGCCACCUUCAUCGGCAACAGCACGGCCAUCCAGGAGCUGUUCAAGCGCAUCUCCGAGCAGUUCACCGCCAUGUUCCGGCGCAAGGCUUUCCUGCAUUGGUACACGGGCGAGGGCAUGGAUGAGAUGGAGUUCACCGAAGCCGAGAGCAACAUGAACGACCUGGUGUCCGAGUACCAGCAGUACCAGGAUGCCACCGCUGAGGAGGAGGGCGAGUUCGAGGAGGAGGGAGAAGAGGAGCUCGCCUAAAUGUGUCUUCUGUUCUCAGUCUACGUAACACUGACAGUUGACCUUUCCAGUGUUUCCUUUUUCUGUCCUUUUUGUUCUGUCACCUAUUGCUGUCAUUUCUCGUCUGUACAGAUGCGUGUCAAUAAAAUUCUUUUGUUUUAAAAAAA